ACCCCACGCCGCAAUCCCCAAUCCGCCUUCCCCAAUCUCUCGCCCCCGUGCGCCGCAGCUAGAAAGCUAGGGUUUCGCCUGCGAUCCGAUCCGUCGAGUUCACCCUCCCCACCCCGAUCGAUGGCGGCCGAGGGCGAGAAGAAGAUGAUCACGCUCAAGAGCUCCGACGGCGAGGAGUUCGAGGUGGAGGAGGCGGUCGCCAUGGAGUCGCAGACCAUCCGUCACAUGAUCGAGGACGACUGCGCCGACAACGGCAUCCCGCUCCCCAACGUCAACUCUAAGAUCCUCUCCAAGGUCAUCGAGUACUGCAACAAGCACGUCCACGCCGCAGCCGCCGCGGCCGCCGCGUCCAAGGCCGGCUCUGACGACGCGGGGGCCGCCGCCGCCAACAGCAACGCCGCCUCCGGCGAAGACCUCAAGAACUGGGACGCCGACUUCGUCAAGGUCGAUCAGGCCACGCUGUUCGACCUCAUCUUGGCUGCAAACUACCUCAACAUCAAGGGGCUGCUGGACCUGACCUGCCAGACUGUUGCUGACAUGAUCAAGGGCAAGACUCCUGAGGAGAUCCGCAAGACCUUCAACAUCAAGAACGACUUCACCCCUGAGGAGGAAGAGGAGAUCCGCAGAGAGAACCAGUGGGCCUUCGAGUAGAGAGGUGCUUGAGCCCCUGAUCUCUUGAUGCCUAGGUUUCGUCGUACCUAUUACCUUGAAAUGCCUGCUUUUAUGUGUCAUUGUAAUGGUUGUAAGUAUUUUGGGAGUCGCUGUGGUGUUGGUUUGAGAACAAGUGUCGAUCAUCUUGGGUAAAACUGAUGCUGUCACUGGUCAGUUAUUCUGAACCAAUUAUCUCUAGUUAAAUAUCAUGACAAGACUAAGUGGCUGCUGCCCUAAGAGGUUUAGUUCGAAUUGCCAUGGCAUCAUGUUUAUUAUGUUUAGUCAUGUUUUAUGAUGGGAGUUUGUUCAUAAA